CCAUCAACAUUCCAUGCACGUUCAGUUUAACGGGUGACGCGACGCGCUAAAGACGACGCCCGCCGACUUCGAAACGUCGCGACGCCUUCUAAUUGUUCCGUGGUGCUCUUUUGUUUUUAUACGUGGAAACUUUCGCUUGUUUAACGUUCAUUAUCUAAUAAAUAAAUGAAACGUUGUUCAGGGUGGGUCAACAUCUACCUCCUUUUUCACAUUUAAAGGAUGGACUUCCUAAAACCAAAAAAAUGACAAAAAUGCAUGUGUGGACAAACCUCUUCUUAAUAUUCUGGCUUUCUUUUGGAAAGGUAUUUUCCAUAGAAAAAUGUCCAAAUGCACCGGGUCUAUUUCAAGAAAUCACGAUUGCACCAUUCAUAGACCAACACCGCUACAUCAGGUUGAACAUUUCCUGGCAUAAGCCUGAAGCCAACUUUUCAACUUUUGAUAUGUCCAUAGAGUCCAGUUGUACAGCUCUAUAUGGGGACAGAGACAUUCCUAUCGAGCAAAAUUUCGUGAUACAACCCAAUAUGGACCGACUGACCCACCCGGCCGAGCCCUUAUUGCACGGAUGCCUUUAUAACUUUGAACUGACCACUUUGGCAAAUGUUUACGAUCAAAUAUGCCUUAUUGAACAAAUAAUUGACUAUACCAUUCCAGAAUGUGUGCAGUUUGUCUGCUCCUGCAACGUCACGCAGUCCCCCUAUGAGCUAAUCGGGGCAAAUUUAAUUAGAGAUAAGUUCUACAGUGUAGAGUUUAAGAAGACUGAUAGUUUUAACGGAUUAAUUAGUUUGGAGGGUGUGUUCGAUAAGGUUUGGUAUACAAAUAUCAACUCAAACAAAACAAUAACGCUGGUACCCGUGGGACAAAUCCACUUCGAAAGCGACCAGUUGACGGUGCAAUUUAACGAUUUUCACGAGGGCAAUUCCUACUUGAUUUAUGUCGAUUUAAUCGUGGACAGUUGCGACUUUCAUUUUUCCACAGUUAUUUCAGUGCAAACUCCACGUUCUGCCUUCGUUAAUCAGUACAUAAUUUACUCUGGAACUUUGUGUGCCAUAUGUCUCGUCCUCGCUUUUAUAUUAUUGAAGAUUAGAUUGCAAAUAUUGGAAAAAUUGAGGAAAUAUUUACCGUUUAAUACAAAUAAUGGACUACAGGACAGUAGGGUCAUUUGUGAGCCUACCAGUGCAAGUUCUAAAAAAGAAGUCGUUAACACCCAAUAUACUCCGUUAGAAUUUAUUGUGAAUUCCCAUAAAUUCGACCACUACGAAAUCCCGAAGACCAGAAUCGCCCUAAAACAAGAAAUCGGCGGGGGUGCCUUCGGCAAAGUAUACAGGGCGGAACUCUUCGAUCGUGCCGGUGUAAUGUCGGUUGCUGUCAAAAAACCCAUCGACAACGCACCCUCUGAAGAAAUCGCCGACUUUCUCACCGAAAUCGACACAAUGAAGAGGGUGGAAAACUCCGGGGGGCACCCGAAUAUCAUUAAACUGUUGGCCUGCGCCACCCUGGAGCCUCCCUACUUGAUGGUGAUGGAGUUGGUCCCGUGUGGUUCCUUGAAGUCCUACUUGUCGCACUUAAGAAGCGAGUGGGAGGAGAGAAAGAGAGGGAGCAACCACAGACACUUCUUUCCCGACAACAUGGUGGUCGAGAACUACUUGCCUUCAGUGACCAUAUCAUCGCCUGCCAACGAGAAUCAGUUGAAGUACAGCGACCUGGACUUCAAUCGGAACGGCAGCCUGUACAGCUCUUCGGAGACUAACUCUUAUAUCACCCCAGACACCCCCAGCACCCCCGGGUCACCAUUUCGGUGCAACAAAAAGGGUCGUAAAUUGGCCCCUCCACCUCCUCUAUCGCCACUCACCCCAAUGUCACUGAACAGUACGUCCAGUGGCUUACCAUCUGUCACUGGAACUUUAAUGACCCCACUGGACACUGAACCUCCAACUCCUUUGAUAGACUUCCAUGACCCCCCCAUAAAGCCCAACCUGGAUAGUAAGGACUUACAUAAUUUCGCCCUGCAAAUAGCGAACGGGAUGGCUUUUCUGGAAAGUCUGGAUAUCACUCACAGAGAUCUGGCUGCAAGGAACAUCCUGAUCAAUCAAGAGAAAACGUUGAAGAUCUCGGAUUUCGGUAUGGCCAGAAAAGGAGUCUACGUGAACACGGCGAAGAAGCGGCAACCGCUAAGGUGGAUGGCCCCCGAAGCGAUCGAAUGCCGGAAGUGCGAUAACAAAACGGACGUGUGGUCCUUCGGGGUGGUCUUAUGGGAAAUUGCCAGUCUAGGCGCCUUUCCCUACAAUGACCUCAGUAACGAGGACGUCAUCUCCUACAUCGUUCGAGGUCACCGCCUGGAAAGACCGGAAACCUGCACGGAUCAACUGUACGAUUUGAUGCGGGAUUGUUGGCAUAAGGAUCCGGAUAAACGGCCCACGUUCGGCAACAUCGCCCGUAGACUUGACAACGUCGGAAAAACUUACGUGGACUUCAGUAAAAUUUCACCGGGGUAUGUGUUUCCACCCGCGCUGGAGGAGGCAUAGACGUACAGGCAUCAUUUUGUAAUUAAUAAAGUAGCUUUAAUGAA